GGCUGUAAAAGGCGAUGAGUCACGCUGACGUAAUCAUUAUCAUACUCAUUCGAAGGGAAUUCUCAUAACAAGUUAUCGGAUUUUAUCCCUAAAAUGCUCCUGUUUCUAGGCGAACUUUCCAAGCGGCAGGAAGACGAAGUGACAUAAGCAGAUCGAAGCGAGUCAAGGUCAGCAAUGCUUGUCAACGUGGUCGCGCGCGGGAUACGCGCCUCGUGCUAGAGUGUCGUCUGGUGUUCGCGUCUCGUGCUAGGGUGUCGUCUGGUGUUCGGAAAAAUAAGCUACUUCGAUAGUUUCGGUUUUACCACUUUAUUAGACGUCUUUUGCCCGGCGCCAUGUCUUCGAGGUCGUCUGCGACGGGUACCAGCUGUCCACAGGACAACAUCCUGUGCUGCCCGGUGUGCAUGGACGUCUACAAGAGUCCCAGGAUGCUGCCCUGUCAGCACACGCUGUGCGAAACGUGCCUUCAUUCAUACAUCGUGAACAAGUCGCGCGAACGCGUGCUCGUGUCGGACUUUCCGUGCCCGGUGUGCCGCGCGAGUACACCGGCACCACGUGCCUUCACGAGGAUUGACACCUGGGCGUCGCUGUUCCCGCUCAACCAUCUGCUCGUCUCCCUGCUGGACUCCAGCUUUCAGGAACUCCUCGAGCGCGCCGAGACCUGCUCGAACGCCAGCGUCGCCGGUGACCGCUGCAGCGCGCAUGCGGGCAAACCCAUCGAGUUCUUCUGUACGGAACACGGCGUGAAGAUCUGCAGCAAAUGCUUCAAGAACAACCACCGUCAGUGCGACGUUCUCGACAUCGAGGAACACGUGGAGCUGACGUCACGCUUCAACGUCGUAAAGAGCGACGUCGAAAACGUCUUAGAGUACCUGAACGAGGCUAUAACGCAGCUCCAGUCAAACAUCGAUCAGCUGUGCUCGCAGAAAAGCAGCAUACUGGCCGAGGUGCAGGAGCUCCGCGGGAAAGUCGAGACCCUCUUUAACGCCAUCGAGAGCGAGAUUGUCAAUAACGUCAACGUGCAACAUGAUGGCGAGGUUGAAGCGUUGACGGCUCAGUGUCAAAAGUAUGAGCGAAUCAAGUCUCAGCUCGCCGACUCGGAGAGGACGCUUACUGAUUUGCCAAUGGCCGGAAACGUAUCCGAGACGCUGGACCGUAUAACCGCCAUAGAGCGCGACAUAAAGGAACACUUGGCGACGAUUCGAAGCUGCCACGCAGGCAUUCGGCAGAUAAAACUGGAGUUUUCCAUUGAUGGGCAGCUGAUUUCCUUCCUCAACUCGUUUACUCAGAUUGGCAAUAUUAACUCGAAUUACUUCGAUUCCAACCUCCCCGAUCCUCCAGAGCUGAACGCGCGUGACAACGCCGGAAGUGAGAAUUUCAUGCCCUCGACACGUGAUACGUCACGCGAUACAUCCAUGACAUCGGAAGACCUCCAGCCUAGCAGUCCGCCGGUGAGGCACGUGUCUCCACGUGCGAUAUUUAUUUCCCGCUCGAACAUGUCAAGCACUUCUUCGAGCACCUCUACCGCUACCACCACAGCAACCACUUCCUUCGCCAACAGCGCCAACAAGUGCACCACAAGCCACAUUGAUGCAAACAUUCCCCCUCGCCAUUCCAAGGAACCAAAGCGCCCUAAAACCGUUCCGAUCGAAUCUAACGCCCCGACCCCAGUGGUCCGACCUAGGCCCGAGCGCCCCGGAACUCGGGACGGUAUUCCCAAUUUCAUACCGCGGUCCUGCUCAAGCCCGGUAACAAGUUCACUCGGUGCGAGCUCCAGCUCGAUUCCGUCAGAGAGUUCAACUGAUGGUAUACAACAGCAAGAUUCCUGCAACAAAAACGUGGACGAUUCGACUCACGGCGCCGUUGCUUCAAAGUCCGUUGUUUGUUCAACCCUGAGUUCCUUGGGAGCGGCGGCGGUGACCGGCAGGAAACUGCUCGUGGAUAAACCGAAACACCGCGCAUGGCAGUACGUCAAUAUGGUAUCCGGCUCCGGCGUCGGCGAUAGUUCUUUACUGCGGAGGAAUUCCGAGAAGGAUGAUACGGUCGACGACGCCGGUGUCGUCAAACAGCUAUUCCGACACAGAUCAUCGUCAGCGUCCGACGGCGAGCGUGAGCGAUUACCCGAGCAACCUUUCACCGUCGCAGACGACACGUUUGCAACGAGCGUCAAUGCUGCGACGUCGUCCUUCAACCAAAUUAUCAGGAGUUUCCAGAAUAAGCUAACGCCGACACAGCGAGAGAUCGAAUCAGCGCCGGUUUACGAGAAUUCUGUUCUUGCCUCCGUCGCCUCACCGCCAACCAGCGAUCGCCAGUUUACCUUCACAUUACCAAAUACCACCGCGACGAUGAACCGAAAUAACCCGAAAAACUGCUCGCGCAUGAAGGAUAUCAACGUCCGAAUAGAAAGUGACGUGAGAGAGUGUACAAUAACCGGAUCCGUGGAAAUGGCUGACAGGCGACUGGUUCUAAUCGAUUGUAACAACAGCAAAGUUAAGCUGUUUAACACCGAUAUUGCGUAUGUGGCACACCUGGACAUGACGAAAGAACCAUGGAACGUCGCGACCAUGUCACCCAACGAAAUUGCCGUCACUGUGCCUCUGGAAAAAACGAUCCACGUCGUCCGCGUCGCGUCCGCGUCCAUGAGCACGUUGCGUUGCAUUGCAACCCGCCGGGAAUGCUGGGGCGUCGCCUACAUCGACAGGAAGUUCAUCACCACCACAAAAGACGAUGGAAACCAGGUUUCGUUCCUCGAUGACAACGGAAGAGAGCUGCAGGUCGUGAAUUUCGCCUCUCGGGAAAACCCAAACAUUCUGCGACCGGUCUCGCUUUCCGUUUCAAGCGACGGCGCCAUCGUUUACGUCUGCUGCGAGGGUCAGUCUGGAACUAAAGGGUCUCUUGUGCGCAUGUCCUCGCGAGGCGACGUUCUCUACGUCUUUGCAAACAAGGAUUUGGACAGGCCGUAUAGCGCUGCGCCCGACGCCAACAACGAGCACGUGUUCGUCACGGCAAUUCGGUCGGCUAACGUGCUUAUGCUCUCGGAGGGCGGGGCUUCGGUCCUGAGUCUUCUCACACGUGAGAACGGACUGACACGCCCACAGCAUCUGCACGUAACGUCAUGGGACGGGAAGACGGUACUCAUAAUUACUGAACGCAGGUCUGACAAGGCAUUUGUUUACUGCGUGAAAUAA